AUGGGAGGAGCUGACUGGGGUCCAGUGGCGGUAGCAGUGGUGCUGUUUGUAGUGUUAUCUCCGGGACUUCUCUUUCAGCUGCCGGCGAGGAGACGGGUGUUGGAGUGCGGCAACAUGACCACGAGUGGCAUAUCCAUACUGGUUCAUGCCGUCCUCUUUUUCGCUAUUAUCACCAUUUUGGUCAUCGCCAUUCAAAUUCACAUCCACAUCCACAUCUAGUUUGUUUAUUUCUCAUAUAAUUAUAAAAGGUCUACAAGUUAGGCUGUACAAAUUCCCCUCAUGUGAUUUUGGUGUAAAAUUAUCGGCGGAGAUAUUGCCUACUAUCUAUCAUGUAAUAACAAAUAAAUAAAAAAUAUAUAGUGCAUGAUCAAA